AUGACGGACAUUCCAAGAACACCUGUUCUAAGGUCUACCGGUUCUAUAAGAGGAAUCGGUUAUGCAUAUUCCUUAGAAGCUAUCAGGAUUACGUUCUAUUCUGUUUUGGUAGCAGCAAUUAAAAAAAAUACGACUGUAAAUUACAUUGGAGUAUUUAAUUGCAAGAUUGUAUUUGACGUGGAGUGUUUUAGUUGCAGGGUAACCAAUUCCCACAUGGUGACGGACAUUCCAAGAACACCUGUUCUAAGGUCUACCGGUUCUAUAAGUGGAAUCGGUUAUGCAUAUUCCUUAGAAGCUAUCAGGAUUACGUUGUAA